AUGUGUGGCAGAUUUUGCUGUUCGUUAACUGCUGAUGAUAUUCGCAAUGAGCUUUUUGAGGAACAUGUAUUGCCACAACGAGACACAGAAUGGAUUGAUCAAGACUCGCAUAGACCCAGUUUUAAUGUUUGCCCUAGUCGAUCGAUUCCUGCUGUCUUGGAAAAGGAUCAGACACACACCAAAGUCAUGCAGUCUAUGCAAUGGGGUUUCAUCCCUUCGUGGCUCAAGAGCAAUCCUUACAGCAAGCCUAUCAAUGCAAGAGUCGAGACACUCACCGAAAGGAAGAGCAUAUUUGAUAAAUCCAAAAAUGUCAAUCGCUGCAUUAUCGCAGCAGAGGGAUUCUUUGAAUGGAAUAAGAAGAAGCAAGCGUUCUUCAUCAAGAGAAAGGACGGCAAGAUGAUGCUGUUUGCUGGCCUCUAUAGCACCGCUUCGAUUGAUGGUUGUUCUGUAACUACAUGUACCAUUGUCACCAGCGCCGCCUCUGAAUUCUUUUCAAAGAUCCAUGACAGAAUGCCAGUCAUUUUGGAGCCUGGCAAUGUGGAUACUUGGAUCAACAGCAAGAUGCUCUGGUCAAAUGACAUUAUCAAGUUGCUCACACCAUUUGACGGUGAAUUGAAUUGUUUCCGGGUAACCGAUAAAGUGGGCCCUGUGAAGAAUGACAGCCCUGAUCUCGUUCAACCUCUCGAUCAACGCAAAUCAUCCAUCUCCCAUUUUUUAAAGCCUGCUCUUAUCAAGGAUGAGAUCAACAAAGACUUGAGCUCUCAUGUGGAAAAGACUGCCGCCUCCUCUUCUACUUCCUCUACGAAGGUCCCUUCCACCACAGCUCGACAGACAGCCAAAAAGAGAAAGACAAGUGUUGAUGAUGACCCCAUUGCAACAAAGACACCCAAAAUAACUAGCUUUUUCAACAAAAAGUAG